UUCCUCAGAAAAAAUGUCAAUUCUGCGGUCGUGUUAAGAACGUGGUUAAUUUUUUAUUUUUUUGUUGUGUUUUUGUUUUUGUUUUUGAAAUUGGAACAUGGUUUAUGUUUAUUAGUAGAAUAAAUAAGGGAAAAUCUCGAUCAAGGUAAAAUGGGUGGAGCCGUGGAGGUGGCUUCAACAUCAGAAUGGAUUUUAGGCUAAACCAUCAGCGCAUUUUAGGUGUGAAAGAUGAAAAAUUAUCUUGUUGCUUUCCAGCAACUUCUCUGCUGCUAGAUGGCAUAAGUGAAAACACUGACGCUAGUUGGAACAAAGAAAUUGGUAUGAUAACUAAAGUCUAUAUAGGUAGCGUAGCAAGCAAGGACAAUACAAAAAAUUGUCAUUAUUGGAGUGCUGACACUUAUAAAUGAGAUUGGAUAAGUCAUUGGUUACAGUCGGGCCAGCAUUUAUCUGUCUGCUUCUAUUAAAAUGAGAAGACAAUUUCUUUGAACUGUUUUUCAAUAAGAACUGUUCUAUCAAAUCAUCAAUCUAUCUGCUCUGAAGCCGAAACCAAAGUAGAAACAAUGGCUCUGGAGGUCGUAGGUGGAGCUUUUCUCUCUGGUUUAUUUCAGGAAAUAUUUCAUAAGAUGACCUCUCGGGAGGUCAUGGACUUCAUCAAGGGGAAGAAGCAGACCAAAGGGUUGCUGAACAGGUUGGAGAUGACACUGCGAUCUGUUAAUGUUGUUCUGGAUGAUUCUGAAGAGAAGCAGUUAAGUAGCUCAGAUGUGAAGGAGUGGCUGGAUGAGCUAAAGAGGCAGUCUUCGGUGCUGAGGACCUGUUGACUGAGAUCAAGACAGAAGCCAUGAGGAGAAAGUUGGAAGCUGAACAAUAUGGAAGUAGCACAAGUGCUAGGCACAGACUCUCAAUGAGAGUGAUACUCCCUUCUACUUCUUUGGUAGACGACUCUGGUGUCUAUGGAAGGUAUGAAGACAAGGAGACCAUUGCUAAGUUGUUAUUAUCGGAUGAUGCUAGUGGCAAUAAGGUAGGGGUGAUUCCCAUCGUGGGCAUGGGUGGGAUUGGAAAGACCACCCUAGCUCAGCUCUUGUACAAUGAUGCAAGAGUGAAACAACAUUUUGAUCUCCAAGCAUGGGUUUGUGUUUCAGAGAAUUUUGAUGCUGUUAGAAUAACACAAACAAUUUAUGGGUCUGUUACUUCAAGCAACUGUGCCAUCACAGACCUAAAUCUACUCCAAGUUAAUCUCAAGGAGGCUUUGAUGGGGAAGAAGUUUCUCUUUGUUCUUGAUGAUGUUUGGAAUGAGAAUUAUAUCCACUGGGAUGUCUUAAGGUGUCCCUUUGAGUUUGGGGUGCAUGGAAGUAGGAUCAUUGUCACAACACGAAAUGAAGGUGUUGGAUCUAUGAUGGGUACUCUUCCAACUCAUUAUCUAUUGCAAAUAUCUGAAGAGGACUGUCUGUUAUUAUUUGCAAAACAUGCCUUCAGAAAUGCAGAUCUUAGUGCGUAUCCAAAUCUAGAAGUAAUUGGGAAACAAAUUGUUAAAAAGUGUAAAGGUCUUCCUCUGGCUGCAAAUUCACUUGGAGGUCUCUUGUGCUCUAAAGUGAAUUUGGAAGAAUGGGUGAAGAUAUUGAAGAGUGAUAUAUGGGAAUUUGCAGAUAAAGGGAGUACCAUUUUACCGGCUUUAUGGCUAAGCUAUUACUAUCUGCCUCCACAUCUCAAGCGUUGUUUUGCUUAUUGUUCAAUAUUUCCCAAAGGUUAUGUAUUUGAAAGAUCACAAUUGGUAUUUUUGUGGAUGGCUGAAGAUCUGUUGCAACCCAAAAACAAGAAAUUAGUGGAAGAAGUUGGAGAGGAGUACUUUGAUGAGCUAAUUUCAAGGUCUUUUUUUCAACAUUCAUCAACAGUUUUGGAUGGUUUUGACCUUAUUAGUGAUUUAGCAAAGUCUGUAUCUGGAGACUUUUGUUUUAGGUUGGAGGAAGAUGACAACUCAUUUGACAUUUUGACCAAGACUCGUCAUUUUUCAUAUAUGAGAGAUCGUUGUAAUGGGUUUGAGAAUUUUGAGGCUAUACAUGAAGCUAAGUAUCUGCGCACCUUCCUGCCGCUACGACUAACAGAGUUAUGGAGUGAAAGAUUCCAAAUGUUGGAUAAGGUUCUACAUGAUCUAUUGCCAACACUUCGGUGUUUAAGAGUGCUGAACUUAUCAAGGUAUGACAUAAAGGAGUUGCCUAGUUCGAUUGGUAACCUGAAACAUCUAAGGUACCUGGGACUUCUAUCAAAAAGCUACCUGAUACAGUGUGUACUUUGUGUAAUUUACAAACUUUGUUGUUGUCGCAUUGUGAAGCUCUUGCUCAUUUGCCAGCCAACUUGGGAAGACUGA